AUAUAUUCAUUAGGAAGACAAAUCUAUUUGAGAAUUACAUCUUGUAUCGUUAAUAGAUACGAUCUUUAAUAUCAUAAGAAUCAAAAGUCAUGUGUGCCACGUUAAUUCUGACACAUAGCUCGAAUGAAUGCAGACCGUGAAGUUGCUUCUGGGAAGGCGAGGUAUCGAAGUAAACGCCACAAACAUGAGAGGCGACACCGUCCUUGAUAUGCUACUGGAUUCACCCUGCCAACAUGGAGAUCUAUUGUUGGGAGAACUGAUUCGGGCAGCAGGUGAAAGAACCGCCGCAGAAGAAGGGAAGACUCAGCCGAAAUCGUCACCGAGUGAUGCCAGAGCCUCUGCCACUGUCGCGUCACACAGAAGCCGACCAAAUCGUUGGAACCCCUUCCGACGCCAGGCUCGACCUUCUAAGGAUGACCGCAGCCCCCGAAAAGUAUUGUCUGAACUUAAAGAAAGGUACAACAACAAACCAGCAACACUAAUGUUGGUGGCGACGUUGAUCGCCACCGUCACAUUCCAAGCUGGGCUAAACCCCCCUGGUGGGUUUAAGCAGAAAGAUGAUGGUGGGCCGACUCCCCCCAAUACAGAAGUCAAUUUUGAUGGGAGUUCAAGUGAAGGGGAGGCAGUUCUAAAACAUGGUCUCAAGUUAUUCCUGCUGUUCGACAUGUUCGGGUUGUUUGCAUCCUUGAGCAUCAUCCUCUUGUUGAUAUGUUGUGUGCCCAGACAGACGAAAAUGGUGAUGGGAAUCCUAAAGUGGAUUCUAUGGCUGGCGGUGUUAUCGACAGCAUUAGCAUUCUCGACCGCCAUUAUGCGAAUAUUUUUCUAUCCGCCCUACACUACCAUCCUUCUCCUGAGCUGGUUCGGAAUCCUCAGUCUCUUCAUGGUUUGGGUGUGCUUUAGAGCGAUCAGGUGCUUGUUGCGCAAAGGUGGAUGCUGGAAGAAGAAAGAUGGAGAAGGAGAAAGCCAGGGAGGCCCCAGAAGGGCCGUUGCCAUCUGCACGAAGAUUGUGGUGGGCGCGUUGAUAAUAAUUCUUUUAGGAGUUUUUCUUAUUGUAAAUUUAUUACUGUUUGUUUAUAUAGCGACAAGGUCAAUAAAAAUUCCGAUAGGAUAAUAUGACCUAUCGUUGUUCGUAUAUGGUUUAAUAUUUGUCUUCUUUUAAGUUUAUUUUAUCUUAUUUUCAAAAUGUAAUUUGCUUCUCUGUAAACUUGGUCUUGUACGUCGUGUUCUAUAUAAAAAAUAAUGGAUGUUCAUUUUAGUGUGUUUUCUA